AUGCUUGGGUCUCGCUCUGGAUUCGUAAAGUUGGUCAAAGAAAAGAGUCAAGCCAUAACUGGGACUCACCGUGUUAUCCACAGACAAGCACUAGCUGCUAAAACCCUCCCAAAUGACCUACGUAACUCACUGUAUUUGGCUAUAAAAGUUGUGAAUUUUGUGAAGAAGAGCUCUUUAGAUUCUAAGCUUUUCACAGCUCCUUGCAAAGAUUUGGGAACUGAUCACAAAUUUCUCCAGUUCCACACGGAAGUAUGCAGGCUAUCCAAAGGAAAUGUGUUGAAUCGGCUUUAUGAACUUAAGGGUGAAGCGCAAAUUUUUCUGCAAAGCCAGAAACAAGAAAAAUUGUAUGAUGCAUUCACAGAAGAAAAGUUCCAGCUUUCACUGACGUAUCUUGUGGGCAUUUUUGAGGCUUUCAACAACCUCAAUUUGAAGCUUCAGGAAAGAAACUCAAACAUCAUUGCACAUUAUGAUGUAAUCAAAGCUUUCAUGGAGAAAAUUCAGCUUUGGUAA